AUGGAGCCAAACCAGAACUCCCCAGUCAGCGAGAUCCCAAAGCCCCAUUCGCCUAUCGCCAUCAAGAGAAGGGAUCUCAACACCCACUGGAGACUCCAAAGAGGGUCGCCCGCCUCUCCGAUGAGCAUGGACUUUGCCCCGACUCCUCCCAGAAAUCAGUCGGAGACGGAAAUUACCAACAACUCUGAGGAGUCCAGCCCGGAAUGGGAACAAUCUCGCCAUACUGCCGUCGUCACCACCAGGCCCUCUCCCAGAGUAGAGACCGCCGUCACUCACGCCCCCUUUACACAGAACGCGCGCUACUUCCUUGAGAGGCAAAGGCUCCAGCAGCAGGAAGAGGAUGAAAGAGCCCAACAGGCACGCCGGAACGCGCAGCCGCAAUAUCCUCAUCAGUUCUAUGCCUACGCCUACAACCGCGGAAAUGGUCGCUACACGAGACUGAUCCCGGCGGAUAUGCUUCCUCCCCUCGUGGGCGUGCCUGCCUACGAGUCGGACAUCUCUCGUCUGUUCGUUCUUGAGCUUCCCCAGGCUUUGGAUGCCAACGAGCGCAAUACCAACUUGGAGACCGUUCAGACUCAAGUGGCGCAAAAAGAUGCCGUUCAGUCGCAGAUCGACCAAAUUGUCCUGGCCAGCAACAGUCCAGCAACCAACACGAGCCUCACUCACCAGUCCGCCGCAGUCGCUUACCUGACUCCCCCUCCUCUCCACGGCCAAGGCCCCAAGCGAGCCAAGAUCUUCUGCGACAAGUGGGUGCACGAGGGCACCUGUGCCUUCACCCAGCAGGGCUGCAAGUACAAGCACGAGAUGCCGUACGACAGGGCCACUCAGCACAUGCUCGGCCUAUUCCAUGGCCUGCCUGCUUGGUAUAAGCGGCAGCAGGCCGAGCUGAUGAGGCAGAGGCAGGUGCUGACCAACAACGAUGAGUCGAGUACCAGCAAGGGGCCGAUGGAUCUGUCCGCGCUCCGUGGAGCUCCUCGUGGUCGGUCUUUGACUACGGCUUCUGGUAGCCCGAUUUCGCGCAGAGGGUCGGCUGAUCAGGGAUCGGCUUCUGGUAGUAGUGGCGAGAUGAUGGGAGCGGGAGGUCAGGGUGUUAUUGGAAGAGAUAACAACAGCGCCGCCACCAACAGCAUGGGAGUCAAGACAUUCGGAGGCGGUGGUUAUCAACGUGAGAAAAGCUCGAGCCCUCGGGAGUUGAACAACUGGCGCCCGAAUGUGGGAAGUGGUUCUUCUGGGCCCUCUCGAAUCCCUACCGGCCCCCAAAUUCUAAGCCAAGGUCCCUGCCGCUUCGGUCCCAUCGGACAACCCGCCCAGCCUCAACCUCGCGAUCCUCGCAGCGGUGAUCUCGGCAACAUGAUCAACUACCGCCGCAUCGAGGCUCCUCCCGGUUUUCCCCCUCACCCCCACCCCUACCGCCUCCUUCCAACCACCACGACCCCCGACAGCUCUGAUAACGAGGGCAAGGAGGAAAGCGGCCCGCCGGGAGGAGGAGGAGCUCAGGUCCAGGUUCAGGCCCAGGUACACCAGCAGCAACAGCAGCAACACCAGGCCGAAGGCGGCGGCGGUGGUACCGCAGUUCCUUGGAGGGGAUCCGCUUACGAGAAUGGGGAGACUCACUGGAAGUGGUCUCGGGACACUAACCAGGAGUAG